AGAAUGUAGUUCCAUUAAAGAUCAGCCACAUCUUAAACUCAAACCAACAGAAUCGUCGAUCUCGUCGUGGCAGUCACAAACAUUGCGUGAGUAAUAUUCCGUCUUCUCGGUUAAACCAAUCACCACAUCUUACGAAUUGCUUCCUCUGUUGGUUCACCCAUGCCGUGGCUUGCAUGAUCCAAUCUACUAACCAGGGGCCCCCAUGUGAAGCCGUCACCAAUGAAUACGUAAGAAAUAUCUUCAGCGGAAAAUCCUUCGAGGAUACGAUGCCGGAAAUUGGCGAGGUAACUGCUGUGCCGUUGGUUCGAGCCCAUGAAUGCCAAUACCAAGAGUCUGAGAGGUUCAAGGAUGAGUAAAAGUUUAAUAAUUCUGCAUUUCCAAAUAAACCUGCUCUCUGCCAUGUGAUGUAAUGAACUCUUCCCUCACAUCUCUCUCCAAGUUUCGCAGAUCUUGAAACAUGGAUGCGAGCGAAGAUGGUCUAUAUCGGUUUGCUCCCGUUACAUUCAACGAUCAUGCGGGAAAGUUAUGGAUCGUGACGAUCUUGUCGCUGAUCUACACCUCGCUUAUUGCGUUGGCAAGGGCUUAUAUCAAGUAUAAAAUGUUUGGGUUCGAUGACAUUUUGUUUGCUGCUGCGACGGUUUUACAUCUAGCUCAAGCGAUUGCAGUUUUCAUUGGAUUGAGUCAUGGCCUGGGGAAGUUCAACUCGAUUACAACGUCGGAGCAAUGGGCGAUAUCUUCAAAGUGCAUGAUCGCCUCUGUCAUCCUCUGUCUCUUAGCGCUCAGUCUCGCGAAAUGUUCUGUUCUCGCCCUCAUCCAUCGCAUCAUCAGCUCCAAGCCUGGAAAGAAUAAAAUGGUUUGCGUGGCACUCAUGAUGUUCACUGCACUAUGGGGCGUCGGCUCAAGUUUGGCAUGGCUUGUAAAUUGCCGCGCCGGGACUCUAUUGACUGUGAACAACGUCAAGCAAUGCCCAGAUCAGAAUGUGCGCUGGGGCGUCAUCACUGCGAUCGACAUAUUGACCGAAAUACUGACCUGGCUUCUCGUUCUUCACCUCUCGUGGUCCGUCAACAUCUCCUUCGCCCGAAAAUGUCAAGUCGUCACGGCAUUCUCAUUCCGAAUACCACUCAUCGCCAUUUCCUCCGUUCAUCUCGCAUACUCUCAAAGAUACCCAUCAUCUCUCGAACCUCAAUUCGCCGUUACAAACACCCUCAUCUGCCAACAAGUCAUGAUCGCAUGGUCUCUUAUCUCCGCGACCAUGCCCAACCUGAAGAACUUCCUCAAGUCCUUCUCCAUCGGUAUGGGCUUCCCAGUCGCAUUUGACUUUACUAUGUCGGGUUCAAGCAAGGCAUAUGCACUUCAAUCACUACGGAACAAUCGCUCUACGAAUGCUGCGUCGGCGACAGCGACAGCUCAUAGCGCGAAUUGGAGACCAGAUCAGGUGUCAAACCAAACUACCGCGGCACAUAGAUCAAGCAGGAGUAAUAGUCGGGAUGUGUCCGAAGAGGGAUCAAGUUCAAGAGCUGGGAGUCAGGAGUUGAUCAUUAAUAAGGAGGUUGCGUGGAAUGUCACGUAUGAGGAUCAACAAGAUGUAUUUACAAAACGAUAAGCCAAACCAACUCAUUAUCAACAUGC